CAUUGCUCUAGUUCUCUAGGCCCCCCGAGGUGGGGUAAGGGUGGUCCUCGAGGAUGAUUAGGCUGAAAACGCACUGCGGGGCUGGACGGCUCUCUUAAACUCCGAGAAUGCCUCGCUUUACCACUCCGCUAUUCGAGGCACUCGGGCCAGUCAGAGAGAGAGCACGUGCACAUCCCUCCCCCUUUCCCCAAGGGGCGGGGCAAACGGCGCCGAGGCCCGCGUCUCCCAACCUCACUAACGGAAACGACAUAGGCGGUGACCAAUAGGAAGACGCCUCCGUUCGAAUCCCACCCCGAGCCCCGGGCGCUCCCCGGAGAAGGUAAACAAAAUUAAUACGCUUGCGCCAGCACCGGUCCAAGAGGAGAAUCACGUGAGACCGCGGUCCGCUAGCGCCCGGGGCUCGCGAAGCUCUUCAUCCCGAGCGUUUACAGCGCUCGGGCAGCCGCAUCCGGGGGUUUGGCCGGAAACGCCCCCUUUCCUCAGGUGGCCUGGGAGCCGGCGCGCGACACUCGGCCUGGAGUCAUGGCACGGUGCGGAGUGAGCGGCGCGGGCCCCCAGGGGCUCCCGGGGGCCUGCAAGAAGGGGAUGGCUGAGCGUCGCCGGCUUCGGGCAAUGGUGUCGGAGCAGCUGAGUCAAGAUCUCCUCAGGCUUCUCAGAGAAGAAAUCCAUUCAGAUAUCACUUUUUGUAUAGGCCCUACAUUGUUCAAAGCUCACAAAGCUGUGCUUUUAGCAAGAGUUCCAGACUUCUAUUUUCACACUGUUGAAAAAACAUUAAAUAAUUGGGAGAACCAUGUUCCUGUUGCUGUGGAGAACUUUGAACCUUCAGAAUUUAGAACAUUUUUACAAGUUGUAUAUUCAUCAGACAAAAGCAUAAAAAACUAUGAAGAAGAAAUCCUGAGAAAGAAGAUGCAUGGGGACAGGUUACAGCAGGAAACCCUGAGUAUUGAUGUAAAUUCUGGAAAGAAUGCCAAAAAUGAUGGAUGGUCAACCCCUUCCCAAAGGAAUUUGACAAAGCUUCAAGAUGGAAAUUUGACUGGUUCCUCUCUCACUGAAGACUGUCAAGUUCCAGAACAAAUCAGUGAUAAUGGGGACAACUUGUCUUUUAUAGACAGUUCUGACCUGGAACCUGCAUCUGAGUUAGGAGAAGAUUUGUUGAAACUUUAUAGGAAGCGUUGGUGCCCAGAUAUUGCUAUCUGUACUGAUGGGAAAAGUUUUCAAGCCCAUAGGGCGAUUUUGUGUGCCAGGUCUCGUUAUUUUGCAGCAAUGCUGAGUGGGUGUUGGGCUGAAAGCUCCCAAGAGCACAUCACUCUUCAAGGUAUAAAACCAGUAGAAAUGAAUGUUAUGAUGCAUUUUAUAUAUGGAGGGACACUGGACUUGCCAAAUAAAACUAAUGCAGGUCAAAUAUUAAACCUGGCAGAUAUGUAUGGAUUAGAAGGAUUAAAAGAAGUGACACUUUAUAUUCUUAAAAGAGACUACUGUAAUUUCUUCCAGAAGCCUAUCCCAGGAAGAUUGGAGGCUAUCCUAGAAUGUCUGAUUAUUGCUCAUUCAGUGGGAGUGGAAAGUCUUUAUGAUGAUUGUAUGAAGUGGAUUGUAAAGCAUUUUGCAAGGUGUUGGUCAGAGAGGAGCUUUGCAAAUAUACCUCCAGAGAUCCAGAAAAAUUGUCUUACUAUGCUAAUUCAAUCUUUAAAUGACAAAAAUGCUGCCUUCCUUCUGAUGGAAAGUGACAGACUAAUCGUCAGCCUUCCCAGAGUGAAAUGGACUGAAGCAGCGCUGACCAUGGCAUCUAGGCUUCAGGAAGAAUGCAUAGCAUUUAUUGUGGCCAACUUCUCCCAGACAAUACAGAGUGACAACUUUGCUCUUCUUUUACAGUCACAAGCAAUGAGUAGCACAGCAGAUCUCUUGGACAAAGUUCUUCAAGCAAUUGAGAAGAACAUCACCACUGAGAAUAGCUGUUUACUUCUAAUGGCUGUGGAUACUCUGCUGAAUGCUGAAAGUACAAAGGAAAUGGGUUUUACGUGCAAGAUCCAGGCUCUGCGUGAUAAGCUGUGGCUCUUCCUGGUUCAGUCUUUUUAUGCUGUUCGUCACACGGAAAGCUGGAGUCUGAUGAGACCAGAUGAUCAGCAGAAGAUCCAAGCAGCUGCAUUUGAUAAGGGUGAUGAUCGAAGACUUGGCAAAAAACCAAUAUUCAGUAGUUCUCAGCAAAGUAGAUCCAUUUCAGACUCUAGUGAUAUAAAAAACAGAUCUUGGAGAGGAAAAGACAAGAAAGACUACUGUAGUUACCCCUCCACUGAUCAAGAGAAAAUGAAAUCUGAUGGGCUAGGUGCUUCUGGACAUACAUCAAGUACAAAUAGAAAUUCUGUGAAUAAAUCUUCAAAACAUGAUGAUUUAAAGGGAAGGGACAGUAAAAAAGCAGUGUCUAAGAUUACAAAAGAUAUUAAAACUGGGGAAAAGAUUGCUUCUGGAAAGCCUAGAGCUGUUAUAAAGCCCAAAGUAGAAAAUAAUGAUAACACUAAGACUGAUAUGUUUGCUCGACAAGAUAUUGAGCGUUCCUCCUCCUCCUCCUUGAGUGGACAGAAAAAUUCAGUAAGUGGAAAAGGAGUAAAAACCCAGGAAGGAAAAGGAGCAGGUGCUCGGCCAAAAACAGUCACUGGAAGCUCAAAUAUGCCAGCUAAAGCAAAGCCUCUGAAGAAAGCCACCGGCAAGGACUCUUCCUGCCCAGGUUCCACAGGCUCUCUCAGCAAGUCAGCCAGUUCAAGUGUAGAAUUACAAAGUCCCAGUGAGUGCCUGGAUGAACCAAAGGAGAGUGGAUCUAUAAAGGAAGAGAAGCCUUCUGACAGUAAACCAUCUCCUUGUAAUACUCUUCAAGGACAUCAAAUAAUGAAGAGCAACUUGGAGACUUCCAAAGGUUCUGCUGCAGCUGUGAAAUCCCGGCCUGUUUCAAGGAAUCCCGAGGGAAUUUCCAACAAAAAAAGAGUUAAUGAACAUGAGACUCUCACAAGUAAUAGUACAACCAAGAAGGUUAUUGGCAAGGGGUCUGGUGAUCAUGUCUCCCAAGCAGUUUUGAAGAAAAGAGGACACAGUAGUUCUGUAGGCUUACAACGAGCAAAAAGUGCUCCAUCUAGUCUUACUAAAACCCAAGGAUCCCAAGGAGAUUCACCAAAUUCAUUAAAAUCUACAGCCUCUCUAAAACAUUCUGAAGAAAAUGUGAUACAGUUAAAUCCAACAGCUAAGAAAAGAGCCACAAAGCCAUAUGCAUCUUUGGCAAAAGCCAAUGUAAAAACAAUGGCCAAAAUUCAAGUGCCCUCAAAGAAUGGAGAAACGCUUAACAAUAAAGAUCAGAAACAGAAAACUACUUCUGGUCAAUCUACAAUAAAGUGUCAGCCUUCUUCCCAAAGAUCUUCAAGAAGUGAAUCACCUGUGACCCUAAAGAACACAUAUAAUGAUGGACCAAAAAAUUGGGCCCAGAAAAUUGAACCUAUUAGAUUCCAAGUUAAUGAUAAUAACAAAGCCAAACAAAAGCAACGUAGGUUACCAAUUAAUCCUGUACUAGAGACCAAUGGUGUGAAAACAUGUUCAUCUUCAAGUCUGUCUGAUCCACAAAAGCCAUUAAAUUAUGAAGAAAUUGAUAAAUCUACACUAGAAUCUGAAUUGUCACUUCCUCCUGUGAACAUUCAGAUUGUCUCUAAACCGAAUGAAGCAGUAAAAAAUGAAGUAAAAUCCAAACACAUUUCUAAGGGUAAAAAUGACAUAAUGUAUCCUGGUGAUGGAGAAGGCAUUAAUUACAACGUGCCUAAGAUACACAGUGUUACUGAUGGGAGUGGUGAUGCAGAGUCAAAAUUUUAUAGCAGCGCCCAUCUAAAAUCCAUGACUUUAAGUCCAAAUCCAGCCCAGCAGUGUGAAAUUAUUUGUAACUUUGUGGAUAAAAAUCAUUUAGAUUCAGAAAAUAGAAAGCACUCGUCUUCAGAGAGAGGUAGCUAUUUGGAACAAAAGGCUCCAACUAUAUCAGACAUUAAAAGUGGGAAAGAUACUUCAGUGAGCCUUUCAGAAAGAGUCACUCCUACUUUUAAUUCUGUACAAGAUGAAAGAAAAUCUCAUAUUUUUGAGCAAGAGCUAACCGUUACUAGUCAGUUGCCGGAUGAAUUUUCCAUGCAAGAAGACAGGCAUGUUCCAAACAGAACAGAUGUCUCUGAUAAAUGUUUUUUGAGUCAAAUACCAGAAAGAAAUUCUCCUAAAGAUGCAAACCCAAUAGGAAUGCCCGAGAGCCAUGAGAAUCUGGAAACUCCUUUUGUGGGUCAUUGGAACCUGAGUACAGGUGGGAUGCACCAGCGGGAGAGUCCAGAAUCUGAUACUGGCAGUGCCACUACGUCAUCUGAUGACAUAAAGCCUCGAUCUGAAGAUUAUGAUGCUGGAGGGUCUCAGGACGAUGAGGGCUCAAACGAAAGAGGCAUUUCUAAAUGCAGCACUAUGUUAUGUCAUGAUUUUCUGGGAAGAAGUAGCAGUGAUACCAGCACUCCUGAGGAACUAAAAAUCUAUGAUAGUAGUUUAAGGAUAGAAGUAAAAGUAAAAAAGCAAAGUAACUCUGAUGUUUUCCAAGUCAAUUCAACAAGUGAUGAUGACAUUCCUAGGAAAAAGCCCGAAAAUUUGUCUCAACAAGGGAUGGCAGUGAACCAUCCUCAGGAGAAAGAACAUCUUCCACGAGGAGGUAUCCCAUUUACUCAGGAAACAGACCAGGUUUCUUCCUCAGCAGACGAAACGGAAGAUGAAAGAUCUGAAGCUGAAAAUGUUGCAGAAAAAUUUCCUUUGUCCAACCCACCUCCUCAGCAGUUCCAAGGCAUUGUCAAUUUGGCUUUUGAAGAUGCAGCAGAAAAUGAAAGCCGAGGAUUUCCUGCAACUAACAAUUUUAAAAGGUCAAUUUUACUUUCCGUGGAUGAAUGUGAGGAAUUGGGAUCUGACGAUGGGGAAGUUCAUACCCCCUUUCAUCGCACUAUCAAUUCUCUGACUCCUGAGGUUUUUGAUAGUCAUGAACAUCAUGGAAAAACUUCAUCUUCCAGAUACUCAGAAAUUGAAGAUAGUUUUUUAGAGUGCAAACAAAGUGAAAAAAGUGACAAAUCAGAAGGAAAUGGGAGCCCCCUCUGGGGUCCUAAUGAAUUUGACUCUACAGGAAAAGAUAAACAGGGUACUUCAGCAAACCAUGCAGCAGAUAUGCCACAUAAAGCAGAUGGACUUUGUCUCCCAGAAGAUGCCAAUGUGAGUGUUAGGUGUGAAGAGGACAAUGAAACACAGCAGUGCAUCCGGUUUUAUGAGAGUGAAAUAAAAUCUCAAGAAAGACCUUGUCAUUUAGCACUUCAUCAAAGAGAACCCAGCUCAGACACACCAAAGACCAACAACUCAACCUGGUCUGUGGAUUCCCAGAAGAGCCAGGUUCUGACUCAGGAAGGUCUAGUGAAAGAAAUCUGCCAUGCACCUACUGAAAAUGCUAAUACUGCUCUCACUGCAGGGAGAAUGACCUUUGGACUGAAAAGGACAGAACCAAAAUGGCUAACAGGUAGAUUUGAUAAAAUAAAUAGGGAGAAAAUUAAAAGAGCAUUUAGCUCUGGCCCUCAAAUUCACCAUCAUCAGACCAACAUGAGCUCCGUCAUCAAGUGCUGAAUUAAUUAUUUGAAAGAUCAUGGAGAAUAAGAAAGGUAUUGCAGGUUUGGAAAAAGGCAAAUGUCUCUGUUGUUUUUGUUCUAAAUUUUGUUUUUAAGUAAGAAAGUAGUCUAUAAAUUAUAGGUCAAUGAGUUUAACUUCAAUUCCUCACAAAAUUCUAGAACAUUACCAAGGGAACCAGGAUAACAAAGGGCCUUGAGGUUGUACCCUGAGGAUUGGUUGAAAGGACUGGCUUUUUUUAGCCUGAAGAGAGAAGAGUAAGAAGUAAACGAAAUAGACUGCAGGACCUAAAGGAUAGAGUUCUGAGCUUGGAGACAUGAAGACCUGGGUUAAAAUGCUACCUCUGACCUUGGCUAGCUAUUUGAUUGUAGGAAAAUCACCACCUCGCAGUCUCAGUUUACUCCUUCCUUCCUGUAUCAGAAGGAUGAUAAUGCCAGUAAUAUCUACUAGUAGGCUUGUUACGAGGCUUAAAAUAGACAGUCUGCAAACACUAAAAGGCAAUUCAAAUGCUGAUGAAGAGAACUAAGAAUUUGAAGGUUUUUGCUGGGAAGAGGGAUUGACUUUCUGCUUGCACCUGAAGGCAAAACUAGGAAAAAUGAUUGGAAGUUAUCAGAGGCAAAUUUAGGGCUGGUGGUUGAGGACUGCAUUUCUGACCAGGAGAGCCCUCCCAAUGUAGAAUGAGCUGUUCAGGAAGCAGUGAUCCUCUUCUUCCGAAUUCUUCAGGUGAAAGAAGGCUAGGUGCCUGCUAGCUAUGUUAUAGAGUUCUUUUUCUGGCACAGGGGAGGACUUGCAGACCUUCCAAAUGAGAUCUUCUUGGUUAGGGUGGCAAGGCACUUGAAAAGUUCGGAAUUGCUUACGUUAUAUAUAUAUAACAAAAGGGAAUUCCACAUUGUCAUGUAGCACAAGCUUUUGUAGAGUGAGUGAUGUCUCUCACAUUCUAAUUGAUUUAAUUUCAUACUGACCUUACACUUAAAUGAUUUGCCUACUAGGUCAUGAUUUCUCUCCUCUUCCCCUCCUCCCCUUCUCCCCCCCCCCGCCAGUAUAUUAUAUCUUUUUCCCUCUCUUUCGUAUUUAUCAUGUAAUUUUUAGUGUUAUGUUUAUUGGUGAAUACAUUCCUUUAGCACCCUUUAGACUAUAAGCUUUAUGAGAAUGAUGACCAUAUCUUAUUUAUCAAACUUUGUAUUUUUUUGAGCCACUGCUCAGUGUUCUACUUAUAGGGAUGUUUAAUGAAUGUUUGUUGAAUAAUAACAUGGGUCAUGUAUGUAGAUCGUUUCUUCAAGUAGCUCCUGAUAUGCCCAUGUUUCUACUAUUUUACUUCAAGGGCUGUUCUACAACCUAAUAAUUGAAAAUGUGUCAAUUCUUGCUUCUAAUUUUAAAAUAAACCUAUAAAGAUCAAAUAUAUUCCAAGAAGUGUUUGGCCCAGCCCUUUUGCUUUUUGUAUUAUGCUAACCACUAUCCAAUGUCUGUGUCCUUGAACCAGCUUUUAAUUGCCCAGUUUGCAGAGUAUAUAAAACACAUUUAUUACCCCAACCCAAGUAAUUACUGCUACCUUGAACAUUUAUGGGUUUUUUUCUGAUAGCUUGUGGUAUGUGUCUGGGGUAUACAAAUUGAUUUUAAUAUUAAAACAAGAUUAAGAAAGAAAUAUUUCAGCAAAAAGUAAUAAGUGACCAUUAGACAUAAAAUAAGGCAACUAUUUUUGAGAUCUGAUAUUUUGAAUUACUUGAAUAAUUUCUUUGCUCACCUCUACCAUAUUAAUGUCUAUAAUUGAACAACUCCUUUUUUAAAGAUAAAAAUGUUAUGGCCUCACAGCCUUAAAUCAUUUAGAUUAGUAUUUAAUUGACAUUAACAGCAAAAAGUCUUUUCUCUUGACCAUGCUGAAUCUCUCCCUGCAACUUAAACUCAUUUUCUCUGUUAUCUUUUGUGUUAAGAUCAAUAGUAGCUAGUUAGAAAUUUUGCAUGACUUUUUUCAUUGAUAUAGCACAGCUUGAUAGGAGCAGUCUUGGCCUUCCAGAUGUGCAUUAUCAUUAAAUGGUAAAGGUAAUGUUGCAUUAGGUUCAGUGAUUAACUUUAACUAUGUCAGCUAAUGCUUUUAAAGUGUUAGGCAUUCAAAAAUACUUAAAAUUUAAGAUGCUAGAUUUUAAUAAGUACUCAUUUAAUGAGCUAUGUAUAAUUAGUAUCUUAAGAAAUUAAAUUUAAAUCUCUGUAGCAUUCAUUUAAAUUUAAUGUAAUGUUUAAUGUAAUGAAAUUAUAAUGUUUUCUAGAGUAUUUUGGCAGAGCCAUUAGCUAACAAGUUUUGGUGCCCAGGGCAAGCAACAUGGGGAGAUUCAUGAAGCAAUGCUAAAAUCAACUUUGAAAUUCAAAAUGUAAAAAUAAUUCAAGCAAUUAAGAUAACUUUAGUAGACUAAAAGGAAGGAAUGGUUACUAUAGUUGCUGAUGGCACUUCAUUUGAACUAUUAGCCUUGCUAACUAGGUGUUAAAUUUUAGUUGUUAAUAUCGAUGCCCUUCAAAUUGCCUGGCUCUUGGGCAAAACCAUGGCUAGUUGGCCGUAAUUAAAACUAUGGACUUUGCGUGUGUUAUAGAAUUGAUAGAGAAAAAAGAAUAUUAAGAUUCUAAGAUGCUGUCAUUCAGCCUUUAGUUUGCAGAUGUUAUUUGUCAUUCCCGUCUUUUCUUUUACAUGCUUGCAUCUCUAGCAUAGUGUUUGCAUAUAUUAUGAAAAAAAUUUUAAUUGAAUUGACUAAUAUCUUUGUUUAUGACUUGCCUAAAUAUCAGGUCAAGAGUACAUACAAUAAAUCAAGAUUUUUCUGAAAAAAAAAGAGUGUGAAUAUGUAUCUGAGAUAAGAUGAAUUUAUUAAAAUUUCCCCUAUUUACUAGUUGAUUGUAUUCUAGGCAUUUGGGUGUGCCCCACUUUUUGUGAUUGCCAUAAUCAUAAACUGGUUUUUCUUAAUUUACAAUUACAAAAUGAUUUGUCCCUUAAAAAAAAAAAAAAAAAGGACUAGCUUCUCAGUACAAUUUCCUCCAUUCCCCUCAUUAAUUCCUCUGAACUAUCCGGAUAGUUGAUCAUACCUAAAAUGUCAAAUCAUUCAUAACUGCCAGAUUCUCCCAGCUGAUUUCCUCUUUAUGUAAUGAGCCUUGUCCUUUCAUCUCUUUCUCUGCCUCACUCCUUUUAUACCUAUUUUUCAUUUUCUAUGACCUCCAGUCCCUUCACAGACUUAACCCUAAAGUUGAACAUUCUUUCAGGUAUAGUCCUCUACCCCUCUGAAUUCUUUGGCCCCCUGCCCUUGUCCUAAUUUCACAUCACUUUCAGUAGCUUUCUAUAUUCCUAUUUGCAUAUUGCUGAGUGCUUCCAGAAAAAAUUGUACAAUCCUGCCAACUGGGUCCACUACAAAUCUGUAAUUAAAGAACUUUCCAUAAUUUCAUUUUCCAAUAAUUUUGGUCCAAAAAAUAAAGUUUGAGACAAAUUUUCAAGACCUUAUUUCCUAUAAGAUUUGUGUUUUACAAUGAGCAGAAUCAUUUAUGGGGACCAUGGAAGUGGAGAGGGACUAUUGAGUGUUACAAGAGGUUGUGAGAGUGAAGCAUUUAUUGAUGAGAUAGUCAAUAUAAUAGAUAAAGGAGUUAGGAAUUUGGCAUAUUCCAAACCCAAGAAGCCUGAUGUCUUCAGAGGGUAAUUCAACAUAAAUGUUAGUAGGCAGAGGCAAAGUCACCAGGAUUCAAGUUUUCCAGCUUUAAUGUAAGGCAAACUGUACACUCAAGUUAAAAUACUGUCCUCAAUGACAUACAAGUUUUUAGGAGAAUGAACUUAUUUGGAAGAUGGAUGCUGAGAAUACUUUUAUGUUCAAAUUAAAUGCUUUUUAUUCUUUACUGUUCCUUGCCUGGAUUUUUGAUAAGGUAAACUAGAUCCUAAUUGAAUUAAGACAUUUCCCAUUUUAAGCAGAAAUGGGACGAAUCAUGAGCCUGUUUACCAAAAAACAAAUCCUGAAAAUGAGAACUCAGAAGCUAGAAAAUCUGGUGCUACCUGGCACAUUAGGGAUUUUAUCUAAUCUUAAUGGUCCCUUCUACAUGGAAAUCUCUUUGUUUUUCCUUCAUUGAAUGUUGUAACAAGGGCAGGUGAGAAUUCUUUGGAUGGAACCUAGCAAAUCUAUAAUCAAAAAGACUUUGAGAACAAGACAUAAAACAGCUUUAAUAUAUUCUCAAGCUAGAAUAGGAAUGUUUGUUAGAAAGAAAAAAAUUGAAACACUCAGAAGUUCCCAGGAGACAAAACCCAAGAAAUCUAAUAAUCUUUUGGCUUCAGAUUAUUUUUAUUCACAUCUUUAUUUUCACUAACUUGUAACUGAAAUUUAGCAUUUCCUUUAAUUAUGAAUGCAGGCUUAGUAAUUCUGCCAAAGAGAUCCCUGAAACCAAAAGUUAAAAAUUUUCAAUUUAAUUGAAUCCCUUCAUUUUACUAGUGAUGAAACUUAGAAAGAGGAAGUGUUUCACCUAUUAGUUUCAGAACUGAAUCCAAGUCUAGGUGAUUCCUAAGAUCAGAGCUUUUUUUCCCAUUCUUCAUAGAGAUAAGCACAUUUUAAUUGGGAGACUACCUCAAAGGAAUGAGGAGGACUUCAAAGGUUCUCUAGUAGGACAAUUUCACAAAAGGUGAAACAUUGUUGGGAUAGGACUUUCAGCAGCAUUCCUCAAAUUACAUUAUAAUUGAGGAAUGAGCCCAUGGAUUGGAGAACCUACAAUGGCGAGACAUGAUUUGACUUGACAGAUUUUGCUAAGACUUGAGAUGCGGUUUAUAACUGAACUAUAACUUUGGAGGAGAAAGGAUAGAUAAAAUGGCAGCAGGUGAUGAGAGAGGGAGCACUAAGAAGUUACACCAAUAAAGAAUCCCAGGAAAUGGACGAAAGGCUUGGUGGAAAGCAUUUAGACAAAAAAUGUCUCCACUCCUCAGUUAGAAAUUAUCAGGCAGAAUUUCCCUGUCUUCAAAAGGUGAAGAAACCAAUAAGAUACAAUCAUAGACAUGAUGAAAACUCCAAAUGGAGUGGUCUUUCCUCUUAGCAUUUGUAAUAGAGGAAUGUAAUGCUGAGAGUACCUUGUUAUGCACACAAGAUGUUUGAAGAACAGAUUUCCACCAUUCAGAAAGGUAGGACAAUCUUUUCUGAAACUGUACAAGAGAAGUCAGUUUAGGAAGAAAGAAAAGCUCUUUUGAAUGAAAUUCUGUAAAUACAAAGACAACAUUGAAGAGAAGAGAAGGUAACGAAAGAGACUAAUUGGAUGCAGAGGAAAUUUGUCAAACACUUUUAAUUUUUAAAAUAUAUAUAUAUGUAUAGAAGAUAGAAGCAAGGACAGAUAAUGGAGAAUCCGCAAAAAUACUAUUAAGACUAAUGUUAGAAAUGGUAAAUCUCAGAAUGAGAUGAUAUUGGGUAAAGAAAUCUAAGAUUACCUCCUCAAUAAAAUGGCUUCUGUUUGAUUUUAGAGGUUUUCAUUAGGUUGAGGAAAAGACGAAAAGGGAUUAAUCCUAGGGUAGAAAGGAAAGUAAGAGACAUUGGAGAAAAGUAAUCCUUUAAGUUUUCUAUGUUAAAGUGAAAGGAGUGGAGUGCAGUGAGCUGGAAUGAUUAAUACAAGAUGAUAGGAAGAGGAGCAUCCACAUAUUCCUAGUGUGUUUACCUUAGUUGCAUGAACUAUGUCUUUAACACACUAAAAACUGUAAACUGUUUGUGGAGCCAGAAUCAGUGAUUUUCAAAAGAUGAAUUAUCAAAAA